CUCAUGUGGCUGCUCCCUUGGAGGCAACAGGGAUGGAAGGGCUCAGCAGUGGUAAAGGAGCAGAAGCACAGAAUACUCUGCAUUAAGUUCGUUGGUGGUAGCAUGGCAGCAGAAUUCCUAAAUGGGAAGGAUGCAAACUCUCUCCUUAAGCGUUUUCCACGGGCUAACGGGUUCCUGGAGGAGUUUCGGCAGGGGAACCUUGAGAGAGAGUGUGUGGAGGAGAGCUGCAGCUUCGAGGAGGCCAACGAGGUGUUUGAGAACAAGGAAAAAACAAUGGAGUUUUGGAAGACGCGUAGCUUGCACACCAUGAACAACAACAACCCAGAAACACGUUCAGGGCGUGCCGACACCGUGUACAUGGUGGUACCGCUGCUGGGUGUCGCCCUCCUCAUCAUCAUUGCGCUCUUCCUCAUCUGGCGCUGCCAGCUGCAGAAGGCCACGCGCCGGCGCCCGGCGUACACGCAGAACCGCUACCUGGCCAAUCACAACACCCGCAGCCUUCCCAGAAUCCUUGUGCACCGCGACACGCCUUCGCAUUCGGACACCUCGCACUCCAACGAGAGGCCUAGCAUGGUGCUCAGCGGAGGGGAAAGGGAAAGAGGCGGAGUAACCUCAGGGACCCUGGACUGCUCAUUGCAGCCGCCGAAUGGCCGCGGACUCUACGUGCAGGACUCGUCUAUGUCCGUGGCGUCACGUCUGUCAGGAGCUACACCUCCUCCUUCUUACGAAGAAGUGACGGGCCACUUGGAGAGCAGCAGCGACGAGACCACCACCCCUUACAGCGACCCGCCACCCAAGUACGAAGAGAUCGUUAAAGAAAAGUGAGGGCGUGUUCAAGGCAUGUGCAUAGGAUAGGAAGGAGCUCGUCGUGACAUCGGUCUCUACCAGACCGGAGUGUUUUGAAUCCCAAAUCGCCACCCAAAGUUCCUGAGGGUGUGUAUGACGUGCCCUAUCACGUGGUUGUCGUCCUCGUCGUUCUUGGAGAUGAGUAUUCUGAACUUGUUUUUGUAAAUGGGACACCUGUGUUGAUUUUUUUCGCACUCUUCCGGAACAACAACCAGCUGCUCACUGCUGCACGGCUACACCUCACACCAUCGUCUGUGUCUUUCAUUCAUCAUAUUUAGUGCUUUUAAUGAAUCAAGCCUCCACUCUUGUGACAUGAAGUGAAAAAAAGAGAUGGUGGUUUUUGUUUUGUUUUGUUUUCCAUCUUGUUUUCUCUGUACAAAAUGAGGUGGAGCUGCGAAAAGCUAACCAGAGCGUUCGUACAAAGAGAGAACCUUGUGAAAGUUUUUUUUGUUGUUGUUGUUGACAAAAUAGAGAAUCUACUGUUGAAUCAAACGUAAUUCGAUGUGUGUGUGUGUGUGUGUGUGUGUGUGUGUGUGUGCGCCGUACUCCACAUAUAUCUUAGGCCAUCCUUAAAAAAAAAUCCGUUUCCUGUC